GACUACAACAGGUCUGGGCUGCUGUGUGCACUUUCCUAGCCACGCCCUCCCCGCUCUCCUCCAGCUACUGGCUGCGAUGUGAUUGUUAUUUGUUCCUUCCGAGCUACGAGCACCUGACACAGACACACAGCGCUGGAUGUACCGGAGGACAGGCGCCUCAUCCCUGUCUGUGUGCUCAGCCAUGGCGAGAAGGAGUUCUCUGUUUAUCCGGAUAGUGGAAGGGAAGAACUUACCGGCCAAGGACAUAACUGGCAGCAGUGAUCCAUAUUGCAUUGUGAAGAUUGAUGAUGAGACCAUCAUCAGGACAGCAACAGUGUGGAAGACUCUAUCACCAUUCUGGGGAGAAGAAUACAAAGUCCACUUGCCACCCAACUUCCAUUCCGUCUCUUUUUAUGUCAUGGAUGAAGAUGCGCUUAGUCGUGAUGAUGUCAUUGGAAAAGUCUGUUUAACACGUAACACACUGGCAGAACAUCCCAAAGGAUACAAUGGAUGGAUGAAUUUAACAGAAAUUGACCCUGAUGAAGAAGUUCAAGGAGAAAUUCACCUCAAAAUUGAAAUAUUAAACAGCGAAUUGUCUCGUAAACUGCGCUGCACUGUUUUUGAAGCAAGGGACUUGGCAAGAAAGGACCGGAACGGAGCAUCAGACCCAUUUGUUAGAGUGCAGUACAAUGGCAAAACACAAGAGAGCUCAAUUGUGAAAAAAUCGUGUUAUCCACGGUGGAAUGAGGCUUUUGAAUUUGAAUUAGAUGAAUCUUUUACUGAGAAGUUAACAAUGGAAGUCUGGGACUGGGAUUUGGUCAGUAAAAAUGAUUUCCUGGGAAAGAUAGUGAUCAAUGUAAAUGGACUUCAGAAAGAUUUACAGGAAGAAGGAUGGUUCAGACUUAGCCCUGGGAAAUCCAAGACCAGCAUGGAUGAGGGAAACCUUGGCUCUCUUCAGCUGCAGGUGCGGCUUCGUGAUGAGACUGUUUUGCCAUCAGAUUACUACAAGCCUCUGGUGGAGCUACUGUGCCAGGAAGUCAAAGCUUCUUACAAGGAAAAGUGUGGACCUUUAAUAACACUGAUAGAUGAAACCACAUCUGCUGAAUGCAGACAGGAAGUGGCCACCAACCUUGUAAAGAUUUUCUUAGGACAAGGGCUAGCAAAGGAAUUCCUUGACCUACUCUUUAGGCUUGAGCUGGAAAAAACAAAUGAACCAAACACAUUAUUCAGAAGUAAUUCUUUGGCUUCCAAGUCAAUGGAAUCCUUUCUUAAGGUAGCAGGAACCCAGUAUUUACACAGUGUUGUUGGACCAACAAUCAAUCGUAUCUUUGAAGAGAAAAAAUAUAUUGAACUGGAUCCUAGUAAAUUAGAGAUUAAAGAAGCUGGGUGCUCAGGGUUACACCGGAUCCAGACUGAGAGUGAAAUAAUUCUGCAGAGUGCUCAGUGUCUCCAGUCUUACCUGACUGAUCUUCUUAUAGCAAUAGCCAAGUCAGUUAACACUUGUCCAGUUACCAUACGAGCUACAUUCCGGCAACUCUACAGGCGGGUGGAAGAGUGUUUUCCAGAGAAUAAACAUAUGAAUGUGAAGUUUAUUGCAGUUACCAGUUUCUUGUGUCUUCGGUUUUUUUCUCCUGCUAUCAUGUCUCCUAAGCUUUUCCAUCUCAGAGAAAAACACGCAGAUGCUCGGACCAGUCGGACACUGCUGCUCUUAGCUAAGGCAAUACAGAAUGUUGGUAACAUGGAUGCUCCAGCAAGUAGAGCCAAGGAAUCAUGGAUGGCUCCACUACAACCAAGUAUUCAGCAAGGAGUUUCACAGCUGAAAGAAUUCAUUAUCAAACUUAUAGAUAUUGAAGAGAAGGAAGAACUAGAUCUACAGAAGUCACUAAAUCUUCAGAGCCUUACUGUCAAAGAAGGUCAGUUAAUGGCCUACAAAACUAAAUGCAAAGGAUACCUACUGACUUCAUCUUUCAAAAAGCUUUUCCUUUCACUAACUGUUGAUGCCUUAAAUUUUGCCAAGACUCAGUUUUCAAAGACAAGUUCAUUUAUACCUCUAUCAAGAAUUCGAGCCUUGGAAAAGGUAGAAGAAAAGUGUUUUGGGAAUUCCAAUGUAAUGCAGAUCAUUUACACAGAUGAAACUGGUAGCCUGGAAGCGUUAUAUUUGCAGUGUAAGUGUGUUAAUGAACUGAAUCAAUGGCUGUCAGCAUUGCGAAAGGUCUGUGUCAACAACGCCAACAUGCUGUGCUCAUAUCAUCCUGGAGUGUUUAAAGGAGAGAAAUGGAGCUGCUGCCACCAGAAGGACAAAGGGGGUGCUGGCUGUGACAAAACACGACAUGAAGUCACAUUACAGGAAUGGAAUGAUCUCUUGAAUCCCGAUCUAGAGGCUCAGCUCAUCUUCAAACACCUCAUUGGAGUGAGAGAGCAGAUGAAGGAGAAAUAUGUGGAGCUGACAAAGCAUGAUUAUACUGGCAAAUCUCAUUCCAGUUCAGAUCCUGCAAAGACAGACAGCGUUACACAGCUUUUCCAGACACUGCAAGAUCUUGAAGCUGCCCAUGAUUCCUUUUUAUCUGACUCUCCAAGUAUAGCAGAUCAAGAGAAGAAAUACCUGUUGGAAUUGUAAAUAGCAUCUCUGUAAAAUGUAAGGAGGAACUGCAGUGGUGAUGGCAUUUUUUCAUAGCUGGUCUCCACAGAGUCAAAAUGUAUAACUGAGAGAAAGGGAACAGUUGAAUCUUCCUGCUCUGAGCCUAUCUCUAUUCAGAUCUGGGAUGACGCAGGGCAUUGCCAAGUGAGCUAAACUAAAAACAUUAAUUAUGUUUGAAUCAAUCUAUCCCAACAGCACAUAAGCAGUUGCAUUGAAUAUUUAUUCAGAUAAAUCCUGGAUGUAUCAAUCAGACUUCUCAAGGUAUAAUGACAUUAUGCUCAUUAUACGAGUCCUUUGGCUGCUGCCCAUGCAGGCUUGCCCAGCAGCCCUUAUGACUACAAUUCUUUUGAGCACUACAGAGUGCUCCAUCAGAAGCUGAAGGUGGUGCAUAUCUUUAAGAGGAAAAUGGCAUUUCUAACCUAUUUGAUCAAUAAUCCCGCUAUUGGUUGGUGGGAAAUUGCCUGCCCUGUAGAUAUGAUCAUUGCCUGGUUGAGUUGGAAAGAGCCAGAGUGGGUAACUAUCAUCUUCUACUUCCUCCUCGUUCACAGUGGUGUUGCUAGUCUAUACUAUGGCAGGCUUAGAACACAAUAAGUGCAGAUUAGAAGACAAAAUUUGUAAGUAUAUGUUAUUAUUAGCCUUUUCAACUUUGAUAGUGAGCCUUUAAAAUGUAGUCACUACAACAGAGUAGUUACCAGUCAGGAUAUUACUGGUCCCAAUCCCAAACUGCUUGGAAGGGAAACUGGCAGUAUUUGCCUUUCUAGCUGAAACCUACCAGCCCUGCACUGUGGUAUUUACAUGGAUUUAAGUAACACAUUGCAUCCAUAUUUCCCUGAUAUCAAAGCACUCAUCUAAGGCAGGACAUAGAUGGUGCAAUUUUCUCAGAAAAUAUCUCAAUUCCGUCAUCAACACAGUCAAUGUUGAUGGUGGUAAUCCCUCCUGUGGAGCUAGUGGGGGGUUAUUUACGAAAGGCAAAUCCACUUUGCACUACAAGUACACUUGAAAGUGCACUGAAUGUGCACUUUCAGGUGCAGUCGCUGUAGAUCUUUCGUAAAUAACCCCCAUUGUGUUCUCCCGGUUGGGGGGCGCAGGGAGCUGUCUCUGCUGGGAGAACACACUGAUUAUUGCUAGCGGCUGUAGUUGCUGGCUUUAAUCACAUGCCAAAAAUCAGACAUUGCUGGUUGUACCCACGUCGAUUGAUGGAUCAACUUGGGUACAUUCAGCCUGCCCAUAGAUGGUUCAAAUCUGGGCCAGUUCAGCAGGAAGAUGCGAACCAUCUAUGGCCAGCUUAAUCAGAUUGGUUGUAAUGGCUAUCACCACAUUAGUAUGAAUUGCUUUCUUGAAUAAACAGAGGGCAAUUUUUAGUGUACCUGUGCUACAGAUGUAUUAUUACCAAACAGCACCUUAUGCUGCCACAUGUAUGAUGACCUGAAAGUAAUAACAUAUUUAACCAAAAACAUAUUUAAAGCAGGUGGUAAUUUUUUUUAUUUAUAAAUCAGAUUCAAAUUGAAAGUAAAAAAUAUAUAUGUAGACUUAUUAGGGUUCUAUGUGUUUUUUUAUUAUGUAACAUUUUUCACUAUGAGAUAACAAAAAACUGCUCUCUUGUUCAGAAGAACAGGAUUUCCAUGUUUCUGAAAAUCGAGAAUGAAUGAAAAAAAUGAUAAGGAAGGUCAUGUACAGGUUUUACUUAUAUUUAACAUGAAUAUAGGAACUUUAUGUUUUGUACAUUAUUUUAUCCAUAUCAUAACUACCUAAAUAAAGUAAAUAUAAACAGUGUUUCCUGGUGUCAGAGGUAUGCCGCAUAUAUUUUCUGUAAUUGAAUGUUGGGAGAGCUCAGUGUUUGACAUCCCAUACGUUAUGUAUUACACUCGAUGUGGAUAUUGAAUUCUGACAGCGGGGAGCCUUCCCUGCCAUCAGAAUAUAGCUGGCACCACUAAAAAUUGACAGGCUGGUUGUACACAACAUCCGUUGUGCUGGCACUGAUCAUUCGGGAAAAACCCAACCGUCAAUAGAUCAACUUGUGAACAACCAGCCUACCCAUCCAUGGAUCGAAAUUUGGCCAGUUUAGCGGGGACUUUUAAGGGACUAUCAGUAAAAAAUAUGAGAUGCUUACAAGUAUAAGAGUACAUUUACUUAUAGGUGCUUACACUUGCCUGCAACAGCUUUCAUUGCCCCUUCUAUGCCCAAAAGCCAAAGGCUUAAGCUGGCCAUACAUGGACUAUAAGAAACUACUCCAUUCACGCUAUUCAGUGUGGAUGAACAAACCUCCGCUGUAUCUUUUACAUUUUGACUCAUUGGAUGCAGGCACUUUUUGGACAAUAAUUUCCUGCCCAGUGUCUUUGGAUUUUUUUAAACUAGGGAUUCCGGCCAAGAGACGGGCAACAGGAUUACCCCCUGAGCAAGUUUCUGCCGAUUCUUUCGAAAGUGGCCAAAACUCAUAUAGUAAAUGGCCAGGUUAAGUGCAUAUGGAUGUUUGAAACGCAUUCAUUUGAACUGAAUCAUAUUAAGCAGUGUUUACUUUUGCUGUUUUUACCAUGCUUUUAUCCCUGAAAGCAUUCUGCUCCUGAUUCUGAGGGGCAUGUACGCUAACACAAAGGGAGACUUCCGGACAGCUAAAUCAAUGUUACAUAAGGGUACAGGAUGUAAAGGUGAUACAUGACUGACAAACGUUUGGGAAACAAUCCUUUACAACGUUAAAGAUUUGUUAUCGCAAAUGUGACAGAGCAUCUAAGAACUAUACAUACUGGUUCCGUAAAUAUGGGCGAUAACAGACACCACUGGAUGGGUGCUGCCACACACUGGAGAGUAAAGUUCUGUUUUUUAAUAUUAUUUUAAACAGCCUCCAUGUAAAUUGUAUAUAUGAACAUUAAACAUAUUUUGGCCUUCAA